AUGUCUUCCAGUCGCACUGCUUCAUACUCACUUGAAGAAGAUAUGCACUUGUGUCAUGUAUAUAUUGACAUUUUUCAAGAUCCAAUCAUAGGAAGAAACCAAUCAGGUAAUAGUUUUUGGGCAAGAGUUGAAUCAGAGUACCACAAGAAUGAGAAAUUUAGUAAUCAACCUCGACCAAGAAGAUCUUUGCAAACUCGAAUGACUACCAUUAUUGGUGCAGUUGCAAAAUUAAGGGGAUUCAUCAACCAAAUCCAAAAUAAAAAUCCAAGUGGUGCUUCACAAGAAGAUAUUAAAUUUACAAGUGAUGACAACAUCAAUGGACCAAGUAGAUUCCAACAAGAUGGUCCUAAUUUUACUUCGUCAAAAUCAUCAUCUCACAAUUUUGAUUCUCCGACGUCAGCAUCCACCGGUAUGAGUUCAUUUGAUCUUAAUAUAAAUAAUGAGGAAAUCAUUACUAAUUCAACUGAAAGACCUAUUGGUGUGAAAAAAGCAAAGGCAAAACAAUUAGGUGAUGAUCAAUUUAACAAACUAAUGGAACAAAGUAAAAAACUCGUUCAAGUUAUUGAAAAGAGUAACACAGAUAGAAAUGAACGUUAUAAAAGAAAAAUUGAAGAUAAAAUUUUAUUCACGGAUUUGGAUUCUAUAUCCGAUCCAGAGUUUCGCCAGUACAUUCAAAGCGAAAGAAGAAGAAUUUACAGAGAAAGAGCACGAACAUCCGAAGUUGGAGAACAAGGAGAAGGAUCUCAAUAUCAGAGAUCACAAUAUCGAGCAUCUCAAUAUCAAGGACAAAGUGCUCAAGAUGAAGGGCAACGAUCUCAAGAUCAAGGUGAAAGAUCUAAAAAUAACUCACAAGAUUAUAGUCAAUAUUUUGACUAUCUUGGCGGAACAGGGAAUAAUUUUCCACAUUAUUGA